CAGAAGAACCACCACGGCAACCCAGUUCCAAUUUUCUAAAUUCCGCCAGCCAUUAAAGACUCAAUUCAUAAAUUAAUCAAAUAAAUUACUUAUAUUUAAUCAUCUUCCCCACUCUCAAAUCUCAAUUACACGCUUAAUUACGCCACUAUUCUCUCAUUUUCAUCAGAUGGAAGCAGCGGCGGCAGCCAGUGUAAUUAGGUCUCCCGUCGGAGUAUUUAGUAAACCGUCGUCCUCGGCUAAUUUUAGCAGAUCUGUGUUUCUAGCCCCUGAUUUUCUGCGAUUUUCUACUGCCCAUCAGUCCCAAACUAAGCAUUGUAGUUCAGUUUUGUAUAGAAAGGGAGGAAAUAGACGAGCGGGUAGUUAUGGAAGUAGGAGAAUUUCAGCAAUAAGAGCAUCUUCUUCAUCAUCAGAUUCUGGUGGGCUACCACCAUCUCCGAUAGCUCCACUUCAGUUGGUUUCACCGGUUGGUCAGUUUCUGGCUCAAAUCUUGGUGAAUCACCCGCAUCUCGUGCCGGCUGCAGUUGAACAACAGCUUGAGCAACUUCAAACUGACCGUGAUGCUGAGGAACUGAAAGAAGAGCCUUCUGCUUCUGGCACUGACUUGGUGUUACACAGGAGAAUAGCUGAGGUGAAGGCUAAUGAAAGGAAAACAGCUUUGGAAGAGAUUUUGUAUGCUUUGGUUGUGCAGAAAUUUAUGGAUGCUGAUAUUUCUUUGGUUCCCUCGAUAGCUCCUUCGGCUGACCCAGUGGAUUCAUGGCCGCGUCAAGAUGAGAAGCUUGAGCAACUUCACUCUUCUGAAGCAUAUGAGAUGAUUCAGAACCACUUAUCUCUAAUUUUGGGAAACCGGGCUGGAGAUUCAACUACCGUAGCUCAGAUCAGCAAAGUAAGGGUUGGACAGGUCUAUGCAGCAUCUGCAAUGUACGGUUACUUCCUUAAGCGUGUUGAUCAAAGGUUUCAGCUUGAGAAGUCGAUGAAAAAUCUUCCAAAUUUUGAUGGAAAUAACAAUGCUCAAGAUGCGGCUAGGAAUGACAUGAAAUCCAGUGGCCCACAAGCUGCCUUUCAAUCUGCGUCGGCCUACCCUGAGGCAGCCUUGUCUGCCGGUGAUGUCAGUGCUGGGGGAUUUGGAAGUGCCAUUAAACCCUCGAGACUCCGGAGCUACGUUAUGUCCUUUGACGGCGACACACUUCAAAGAUAUGCAACAAUAAGAUCCAAGGAGGCGGUCAGCAUUAUCGAGAAGCACACCGAGGCCUUGUUUGGAAAACCCGAAAUUAUUAUAACACCUCAAGGGACAGUUGAUACUUCCAAUGAGGAACUUAUUAAGAUCAGUUUUGGUGGCUUGAAGAGGCUUGUUUUGGAGGCUGUGACAUUUGGUUCUUUCCUUUGGGACGUCGAGAGCUAUGUCGAUUCAAGGUACCAUUUCGUUAUGAACUGAAUAACAUACGCCUACAUGCCUACUGAAGCAAGUUUAUUACAAAAGUAGAGAUCUAACCAAAUUUAAAUUUCCAUAAAGUUAGUGUAGAUUUGGUCAUAACUCAUUGCAAAGGAGUUAUUGCACUGUUAUUUCUGUAUAUAGUUUCGAUAUGGUGAUUUGUGUAUUUUAAUCUGCACAAUAACAUGUAGUUUGCUAUCUGAAAUUCAUUGUAUUAUUGGAGUCAUCGCUAUUAUUUAGAUAAGCAAAUCUGAGCAUUGUUAUGCCCAGAAUUGCAACUUUUAUCGCUA